AUGUACAUAGAAACUCGGCAUCUAGACCCAGAAGCUCCACUUAAUGUGACAUUCCGCUUCAGGACAGAUAGACCCAAUGGCACCCUCUUUCAACGUAGGGUAGAUGACCUGCUCCUCAGCAUCGAGCUCAUACAUGGACAUCUAUGCCUCCUCAGCUUGAGAGGUCAAGGCUCCAGCACACUGGUUCAAGAGCUCCCAGAAUAUCUGUCCAACAAAAAGUGGCACACAGUGGAAGCAUCACUGGGUGGCGUGGUCAGUCUCAUCCGGCUGCUUUGCAGUGAAGGAAGCUGCACCGGAGACUCUAGCACUGAAGUUCAGCUGUUUGAUCAGGCCACUUCUCUACCUGAGCCUGGAGCCGUUCGCCAAAGCCUCUUCAUCGGAGCAGUCAGGGGGAACUGGACUUUGGGGAGAACAGUGGAUGAAGCACCUGCCAACCCGUCUGCUUUCCUGGGCUGUUUUAGAGAUGUGUUUGUAAACUCACAUCUAGUGCUGCCAGUUAAAGCGCCAGAUUUAGGUACUCAGGCAAACAUCACUGUUGGGUGCAGCGACAAAGACAAAUGUGAUGACAGCCCAUGUCAGAACAGAGGACGCUGUUUGAGCCAGAGCUGGAGGAGCUACAUGUGUGAGUGCCACAGACCAUAUGAGGGGAGCAACUGCGUGGAGGAGUACAUCACCGCUAGAUUUGGAAACAAAGACCUGGAAAGCUAUGCUGUUUUCUCAUUAGACGCCGACCUCGGUGAUAGUGUUAUUGUGUCCAUGUUCAUUCGCACCAGACAGUCCAGCGGUUUGCUCCUCAUCCUGUCAAACAGCACCAGCCAGUACCUCCGGAUGUGGCUGGAGGAUGGCAGAGUCAAAGUUCAAAUCAAUAAUUUUGAGACCCUCGCUGGUGGGAAUGAGGUCAGUGAUGGCCAUUUCCACCUGGUGACUGUGAAGCUGGAAGGAACUGCUGUCAGUUUGUACCAGUCAGCCCAAAACCAAGGCUCCAUGACCAUUAGGCGCAUUCAAACCCACCCUGGGGAUUUGGUUUUCGUUGGAGGGCUACCAGACCUAAGGGCCUCUGCUUCAUUUGGUGGCUACUUUAAGGGAUGUAUCCAGGAUCUGAGGAUAAACAGCAAACGACUGCAGUUCUAUCCAAUAACAACUCCAGUUGAUUCUUACCAUCCUGAGAAACUCGUCAGUGUUGCAGAAGGAUGCAGUAGCAACAAUGCAUGUGCUGUCAACCCCUGUCUCAAUGGAGGCGAGUGUUACUCCAUGUGGGAUGAUUUCAUCUGCAGCUGCCCACCCAACACUGCAGGGCAGCGUUGUGAGGAGAUGAAAUGGUGUGAGCUGUCUCCCUGUCCUGCCUCUGCUGUUUGCCAGCCUUUACCCCAGGGCUUUGAGUGUUUGUCCAACGUAACGUUUCGGAUUGGAAGCAGCAUUUUACUCUAUCGCAGCAGUGAAAAGGUUCAGCGCAGCCUCACCAGUGUCUCCAUUAGCUUCCGCACAAGACAGUCUGCUGCAACUUUAUUUCAUGCACAAAACGACUCACACUACCUCACCAUCUCCCUCCUGAACUCUCAUGUGGUCAUGGAGCUUCAGGCUGGGGCUGAUGAGGAUUCCCCGAGAGUGACAGCUCAAAGCCUGGGUCCACUGGGCAACGGAGAGUGGCACAUUGUGGAGAUCCGCAAGGAGAUGCCAACAUCUUGGUGGGUCAUGGCUGUGGAUGGAGGCAAGAAGGACAUAAGCACUUUUAAAACAACUGUGGAGAACCUGAACUUUCUUAAGGAGGGAGCAGACAUCUUCCUGGGAGGAUUAAGCCUGGAUUCUGGAAUGAAAUAUUCAGGCUGCCUGGGUCCAGUGGAAAUUGGAGGCCUUCUUCUCCCUUUCCACCUAGACACAGACCUUAACCUCCCCAGACCUCAGGAGGAGCAGUUUGAAAGAAUAAAUAGCAAUGCUGCUCCACGAUAUGGCUGCUGGGGAACCAGCGUAUGCUCGCCAAACCCAUGCCAGAAUGGGGGUGCAUGUGAGGACUUGUUUGACCUGCAUCAGUGCACGUGUUCCACCGAGUGGUCCGGGCUGCUCUGUCAAGAUCGCACAGACACCUGCAACUCCAGCCCUUGCGUCUUCGGCAACUGCACCAACCUGCCUGAGGGAUACAAGUGUGAGUGUGAGCUGGGCUACACCGGGGAGCGAUGCGAGGCAGAGGUUGACAUGUGUGAAAACAGCAGCUGUAGCCAUGGCGCCACCUGUCUCAAAGGCUUCCAGAGCUACACCUGUCUCUGCCCCAGGAACAUGACAGGCAGCUACUGCGAGGUGAAAAUUCCUGAAAUCCCAUGGUACAUUGAGAUAGAUCCUCUUCCUCAGUUGCCUGUAUCUUCAUGUAUGGGUACAAAAUGGAACUACAGCUGCUUUAAUGGAGGAAACUGCUCUGAAACUUACAGCACCUGCAACUGCCUGCCUGGCUUCACAGGACAAUGGUGCGAGAAGGAUGUGGAUGAAUGCGCCUCGGACCCGUGCAUGAACGGAGGCUUCUGCAUCAACUACGUGAACAGUUUUGAGUGCGUGUGCGACAUGAAUUACUCGGGCAUACACUGCCAAAUGGACGUCAGUGACUUCUACAUGUACCUCUUCCUGGGCCUGUGGCAGAACCUCUUCCAGCUGGUGUCCUAUCUCGUGAUACGCCUUGACGACGAGCCAGAAAUUGAGUGGGGAUUCCACGUCAAUGAAUAGACAUCUGCUUACUUAUUAACUCGAACUGGACCAGACAUGGUGAAGAGGGCCACACAAGGGAAGUCCUGUAACGUGUUCAUCACGGCAGACUGACUGGAGAAGUUUGACUUUAUUACUCGUUGGCAUCCUCAGUUUCUAUCUACACAUUUUUCUGAAAGAACUGUAAAGUAUAAACCACCAGAAUAGAUGAGAACAGGAAUAUACAUCUAAAUCAGCCAUAGAAAUGUCUGUUGUGCAGAUUCAUGUGUUAAUAUAACAAAUCUCAUUGUGUUUGUAACAGUCGAUCUGGUUCUCAUACUGGAAACGGAACAUUUGAGAGCUCUGUGUGUGCCUUAAAUGUCCACUUUGUAUCUGAAGCGCUGCUUCCUCAACAGUUCAGGGACACAUUCACAUACAGUCACUGGUUAUUAACAAGAUUCCUGUCUAUAGGUAGGACAUUAUUUAAUAUAUUCAUAUACCCUAACACA